GCUUUUUAACAUCUUGCCUGCCCCUUUUGACUAAUUUGAAUUUGGCAGUUUUGACACUUCCAGCGGAUGGUAGAAUCACAACAAACGAUCUGAAAAACAAAACGCAUGUUCGCUUGGGGAGCUAAUAGCCAUGCCCAACUGGGCUUUGGCUAUGCAACGGAGCAAUGUGACAAACCACAGCCAUUGCCCAUUGAUGGUGUACCGUUUCGUGCCGAGGAAAUCAAAUGUGUUGUUGCUGGUGGAGGCCACACACUGAUAGGAACAACCGACGGGCGAUUGUAUGCCUGUGGCUGGAACAAUCGUGGUCAGUUGGGAGUGGGACAUUUGGACGAUUGUAUCCAUUUUCAGCCAGUCGGUGAAUAUGGUUUCCAACAGCUGUACGCCGGAUGGGACGUUUCGGCUGGGGUCAAUGCAUUCGGAGAACUUUUCGUGUGGGGAUCGAAUGGAUGGCAACAGAUAGCGGAAUCUGGCGUGAAAAAUGUACCCAAACCAAUGCGGCUAACCCUUCCAGAAGGUGGACAAGUUUUGAGGGUUACAUUCGGUUUGCAGUAUAUGGCUGUGUUGCUGGAAAGUGGGAAAGUAUGGGUGUUGGGAAAAUGUAAAUUUCUAUCAAAGGAUUACCCAUUGGAACCGGCAACGAAAUUAACGAUUCGAUGCGUUUCGGAUAGAGGAUCAGUACGCGAUGUGGCCAGUGGAGACAAUCAUUUAAUACUACGAGUCGGCGAUCGGAGAAUUAACUGCCUCGGAGACAACAAACAUGGCCAGUGCUUGGAGGAAUACAUGUUACCGGAAGACAUCGUUAAACUAGAGUCGGGAUGGACACACUCUGGCUGUCUCACCGCGAAUGGUGCGAUAUACUUAUGGGGAAGAAACAACUACGGUCAACUAGGACGACCGGGAUCGAAUUGUUCUGCGGUGCCUCAAAAACUACGGCUAGAAACGAAUGAUAUGAUAGCAAAGGACGUACGAUUAGGAUCGCAGCAUGGUGUGGCACUAGGGAAAGAUGGACGUGUACAUUGUUGGGGCUGGAACGAACAUGGUAACUGCGGAACAGGAGGUACAGAAAAUGUAUGGGUUCCAACAGCAAUAGAUCUCCCCUUGCCGGUAUCGAAAGUGAUAUGUGGUGCUGGUUUUACGAUGGCAUUCACGUAACACCAAGCACAACAACCAUUCAUUGUUGACCGUCGUUGAGCCACGAGACAUUUACGAUCCAUCGAACCAUUUAUUAACGGGCAUGAAUACGGCAAUAUGAAGCUGAAUGCUGAAAGCAAUAAAAGGACACACAAAAAUAUCCAAAAUAA